AUGACCCGAACCAGGAUCUGCACGGUGCCAGUCAAAUCGAUGAUUGAUUACACUGCACACCCCGCACAGGUCUUCUUCCGCUGGCUACACCGUCUGUUCCAGUCUCCAAGGUUGUUGUUGGAUGGGGAGGCGAGGUCUGAAAGACGCUCAAAGAAUAAGAGGGGGCCAAAAUCCAGUCAAGGGGAUUCGUUGCAGAAGACAAGAGGAUGUGUCCACAGAGCCAGAAGAGACCUUGGAUUGUCCGAGAGUCAACAAAAUCCGCUGCUGGCUUUGUUCACGGGUCCAACGGGUAUGGUAAAUAUGGGGAUGAGUGGGUUUCGCCGUUCAUCCCUCUUGUGCUUCUCCUCGUUUUUCCACCGCAAGAGAACAGAAGAAUCAAUCGGAGACGGGACCGACCACCCAGAUAGCGACCUAGCAUGGAUGGCACAGCAAGCCACGGCCAAUGGCGACACGGGCUUGUGGUUGGGGGGUUGUUGGCUUUGUCAUGAUCCCGUCCGCUUUGGCAAAUCCUUAGCAGUCUUAACUGCAAUUUAG